AUGGCAUCCAUCGCUGAGAACAAGCUUCCGAGUGUGGCACUGACCACACAAAACCACCCCCAAGCGAAACCCAAGAGGGCGAUUUCGCCGGGCGUGUCCCUUACAGCUGGCGCUGUGGCCGGUGCCGUCGAGGCAGCUAUCACUUAUCCGUUCGAGUUUGCCAAAACACGAGCACAGCUUAACCGCAACCGUGUCGGCGUCAGUUCCGCCCCGAUCUCCAAGAACCCUUUUGCUGUCAUCUCGCAGACAGCGCGCCAAGAUGGGAUUCGAGCCAUCUACACAGGGUGUUCGACUUUAAUCCUCGGCACUGCUUGCAAAGCGGGCGUCCGUUUUCUUUCAUUCGACUCUAUCAAGAACAUCCUUGCCGACGCGGACGGUCGGUUAUCUCCCGCGCGGGGUAUCUUGGCCGGUAUGCUUGCCGGCGCGGUGGAGAGUGCGGUCGCGGUUACGCCUACGGAGCGGAUCAAGACUGCUUUGAUCGAUGACUCUCGCUCGCCAAAUGGACGUCGAUACAAGGACGGGCUUCAUGCCCUUCGGACCAUUGUUGCCGAAUCUGGGGUCAAGGAAGUCUAUCGCGGGCUACUGUCUACCACCCUCAAGCAGUCCACUACCUCUGCUGUGCGCAUGGGCUCGUACAACGUCAUCAAGGAGGCUGUAUCGUCACGCACUAGUGCUGCAAGCACAAGUAACCCAGUUCUCACCUUUGGAAUGGGCGCCACGGCCGGCGUAGUAACCGUGUACAUGACACAGCCUUUUGAUACGAUCAAGACGCGCGCUCAGGGAGCAAAGGGAGUGUCUACCGUAGAAGCAUUCCGCGCUGUCCUAGCUGAUGGAGGCGUGAGAGCUUUCUGGAGGGGGAGCUCCAUGCGACUGGGGAGGUUGAUCCUCAGUGGCGGGAUAGUGUUUACGGUGUAUGAGAAUGUGGCAGCGUUACUGAGUCCUGGCAUUCAACGAUUGGGAUAG